AUGACGUGUUUGGAUUCCCUGGACAGCCGGGAAGAGGAGCGAUCCUUGAGGGGGAAGAACAGUGGCAGCAACGCUGGGACGUUGGACGAGCUAAAUUUCUCCCACAUCUUCGACUACAAUGCGAUCGAGCAAAUCGCCAAUGGGCUGGAGAAGAUGGUCCAGUCCUGGAGCACUGCCCAGGAGGAGCGCGCACAGGAGUAUGUCCGGGUCUCGGUUUCGCUGGAAGACGAUGACUCCUCCACGAAGAAAAUCCCGGAAGCUCUCGACUUAAACUCGCUCAAGAACAUGGACGAGUAUGUGGAGGUCGCCCCGCCGCCAAUGUCCGCCAGUGCUACUACCGCGACGAUCAAGCCAUCCUCCAAGAAUUUCUCGAGGAUUUCUCCGGCCGAGAAGAAGCUUUCUUCUUCCACGGCGAAAGCUUCCAGCUGGGAGAAGGAAAAAUCCGACUUUGUUCCUCUAUCUGAGAGGAAGGUUUCGCCACAGCCACCAAAGGCCGCGCCUUCUCCAGGACAGAGGUUUGGAGCUGGGAUCACGAACAGGAUCUCUGGCGGCUUCCAAAAGCCUGCCUCGCCAUUCGAGAAGGAGAUUAGCAGCGCUAGACCGGACUUUCUAAGCUCCAUUCGCGGCGUGAACAAGCAAAAGGUGGUGGAACAGGAAAAUGGUCGAUAUACUCCGAGGAAGAGCUCCCCCGAGGUGGCAACUUCUACAGCCAGUUCUCCGACCAGGCCUGAAGCUGGCCCGAGGAGGAACUUCCAGUGCCAGCUUCACAGGGAUGCGAGCAAUUCUCCUAACAGGGUUGAAAUGAGCCCGAAGAGGAACUUCCCGAGCCAACUUCACAGGGAAGUAAGCACUGCAAGCAGCUCUCCAAAUCGGUCUGAAGUGAGCCCGAGGAGGAACUUCCCGAGGCAGUUUCAGAGGGAAGUAAGCACUGCAAGCAGUUCUCCAAACCGGUCUGAAGUGAGCCCGAGGAGGAACUUCGCGAGCCAACUUCACAGGGAAGCAAGCACUGCAAGGAGUUCUCCAAGCCGGUGUGAAGUGAGGGACUUCCCGAGCCCGCUUCACAGGGAAGUGAGCACUGGGAGUAUUUCUCCAAACAGGUCUGAAGUUAUAAGCCCGAGGAGGAACUUCCCGUGUCAACUUCACAGGGAAGUGAGCCCGAGGAGGAACUUGUCGUGCCAAGUUCACGGUAGAGAACCGAGUCCUCCAAAAGGAGUCCCUCUGGAAUCCAGUUUUGCGAGCUAUGCGCAGCAGCACCAGAACGUAGACACUACUCCGAAGAGCUUCGUCAGUCUUAGCCCCGAGAGGAGCUUCGUCCAACCGAGCAAUGGUUUCGAGACUUACAGUGACGCGGUGGAGAUGCAAAGGGUGUACAUCGAUGUGGCUACAAACUUGGAGAGAGCUUUCUCUCAAAAAGAAUGUAGUGCCAGGGACGCGAAUGCUGGUGACAAUUCUGCGACAACGACGAAGCUUUUCCAAGAUUGUAGCACGGUAACAUCUAGUCCAGCGCAGAAGAAUGAAACGAGUAGGGAGUCUCUGGAACUUCAAAACUCGUCGACACUUCUCUCGACACGGCAGAGCGUCCCCGAGGAGAGGAGCAGUAGAAACACCAUCAACUUGAACGAGUCCGAGAGAUUUACGAUUGAAGACGUUCCUGAGUUCCAAGGGGAUUGCAGUGGAAAGUAUUCGGCAAGAAGCAGUCCUACAAAGCAGGAUGCCGAGCCGGAGCAACCACAGCAUUGCAAGGAAGAACAAGCCGACGAUACUUUCAUCACCUCCUCGAGUUACUGGCGUGUUGAGCCCGAGGCUCUGAACGCCGAGGUGGGACAAAGAGAUGAAACCAGCGAGAAACAGCAGCCAAGGUCGCAAGAGUGCUCAUAUGUGAACGAGGCGUUGUACGAAAAGGCCGACUUCACAGCUGAGAGACCUUUGAAAAGAAAAAAGGAGACUUUGGAGGUGGUGCGAAAUGCCGCAGGAUACGAGUCCGAGUUUGAGAUGCAUGAGUCUGCCGAUUUCCCGUUCUUGAUGGACAAUGGCCACCCCGCUAUAAGUGAAACCAUUUUCAUCGCCGAGGAUUGUUUUGAGCCUGUGCCGACCAGACAAUUCCCCACAUUUGUUAACGUCCCGGCACCGAUUGAGCUGGAUUUUGACGAAUCGAAAGAAGCGUACAAGAGCAAAGUCGAGGAGCUUCAAAUCGCUUUGCUAGAGUGUGCUGCAGAGUACGAAGUAAAGAUGGUUGAAAUGGAAAUGAAAAUGCUGCAAAUGAAGUCCAAGUGCCAGGGCCUGGAACAAGAGUUACCGCAGUCUACAGGAAAGUCGGAGAAGGAAUGGACUACGAAACGGCUAGAAAACUACCGGAAGCAAAAUCUUAAGCUGCAGCGGGAGAAGGAAAUCAUGUCCAGGGACAUGGUGGAGCUCAGAAAAAAGGAAAGGCAACUGGAUUUGUUACGGAAGAACUUGGAGGAUUCAUUGCAGAAAGUGAACUCUCUUCAAAGGGAGCUCGUGAAGAAGGAAGAGGAACUCGUUGAUAGCCAGCUCAAAGAGAAGGAAGCCAGGGCCCAUGUUUAUCAAGUGGAGGCCACUUUGCAGCAAGCUGAAGCGUCGCAGAUCGACCAGGGCUGUGUUGUGAGCUUGGUCAUGGCGCUCAACCAGUGGUUGCAAAACGUGAAAAAGCAGGCAGGCCUUGUCAAGUUUGAUCCUCGGCAUCAGCUCCAGAUCCAACAAUACGAAGACAGCCUCGCGAAGCUUUUGGACGAAUACAUUCCUCCAAAGGCGAUACAGAACCUGAUGACGAGGUCCAAUCCCUCCCACGAAAUUCAAAACGCUGGUGGCGAUUUCAAGGGGAAUUUCUACCUGGAAGAUGCUCCAGUAGCAAUUCCCCCAUCGCCACCACUGCCACCGCCGCCACAGCAGGAUUGUAGCAGCGUUUCUCCUCUUCGAGACAACAAGCGAGACAAAGAAGUCCAAGCUUUGCAAAACGAGCUCGAGAAACUGGCUUGCCGAAGAGCCACAUUUUAAAUGCAAAAGCGC